AUGGUGGCGACAGUCGCCUUCCCGUCAUAUCGCCAGACCAGCGGCGGCGGCUACCAAGUGAACCCGAACGGGCUCGCCUACUUCCGCCUUUUCUACAAUGAAAUCCUGGACCUGCUGUUCCGCGACCGCAACAAGCUCGUCGGGCACAUCAUGGCCUUUAGCAGUAUGCUCGGGCCAAAUACCGAAAAGUUCGCCGAGCGGCUUCGCUUUGCAAGUUCGCUGAACUGUUUCAAGAUGGUCUCACAAAUGCUUCACACGCUGCUCAUCACUGAGGAAGGCACCUUGCUGGUGGAUUCCUGGCUGGAGAAUGUUUCUCCCGAGCUUCACGCCGCCGCGCACGGCACCGGCAUCGAUCCGCAAGCGCCUUGGGUGCAGGUGUUCGUCAAGUUCUUCAUGCGCGAAAAUGAUCCCAAGUUCCUGAUGCGCAUCGUUGCCAGCUUCCACGUGCUCGCCAUCAUCGACAAAAUUGAGGCCAAACCGCGUUCCUAUGAUGGAUUCCUGUCCGAAUAUAGGAAGGCCAUAAAUUAUGAGGUGCGCCGUCAAAUGCAGAUCCAGGCCGCUACUAAGGACUUUGUCGAGGAGGUCGCUGAAGACGGGCUCGAGGCCACCGAGUGCACCCCACAAGCCGAGGCCAAGUCGCAGAUGUACGAUACAUGGGUCCUGGACAAUGCUGGCGCACCAUACGGUACCGACACGGCGCUGCGCUCCUACCAGCACGAGCUCGCCGAGCAUGCUUGCCAAGGUAAAAAUGCCGUCAUCGUUGCGCCCACCGGUGCUGGAAAGACCUAUGUGGCCGCCCACAUUGCUCGGUCUCAUUUCGACUCGGCCGAGCGUGAGGGUCGCGCGGCUAGGGUUGUGUUUGUCGUCCCGAAAGUUCCGCUCGUCGAGCAGCAGUGCAACGCCUUCAAGCAGUUCUUCCAUGGCCGCUACCUGGUCGUUGGACUUCACGGUGCUGCCACCAUCGGCGAUGAAGAUGACCGCAGAAAGUUGCUGCUCGGCGCCCACUUGAUCGUCAUCACCCCGCAGCUCCUCAUUAACAUGCUGAAGUCGGUGCGCCGCGCCGAGCGCAUCUAUCUCUGCGACCUGACGAUGGUGAUGCUUGACGAGUGUCACCACACCACCAAGGAGAGCGCAUACAAUGUGCUGAUGGACAUGGUGCAUCAAUAUAAGCACACCAAGCCACAGAUUGUCGGCCUGACCGCGUCGCUGGGUACUGGCGGCAUGACGAACAACCCAGAGAACGUGUGCGAGUACAUCUACCGCCUGUGCGGCGCCAUGAACUGCCAGCGGCUCAGCACGGUGCAGAAGUACAAGGACGAGCUCAACAAAUACGUGCAACUGCCUGACGACGGAGCCGGCUCGAAGAAGAAGGGACAACAGGCUUCACAAACCGUCCAAGAGCAGGCGCGCACGAUGGAAGACUUCAAGGAUGGAAAGUUGAAGGUGAUGGUCGCCACGUCGGUGAUGGAAGAAGGUGUUGACGUCCAGGCUUGCAACCUCAUCAUCAAGUACAACAUGACCGGCACCACCAUCUCCGAGGUGCAAAAGAGAGGUCGUGCUCGUGCCGCCGGCUCCAAAUCUGUGCUGCUCGUCGUCUCCGAUUCUGUGGAACAACGCGAGAUGGAGAAUCGUCAGGGCGAGAUGAUGAUGGCCCAGGCGCUGAAGAUUAUCACGCAGCUGAACGAGGCCGAAUUUAUGGCUAGGUGUGACAAGUCGAAGCGCGAGCGCCAAUCCGAGAAAGACCGCCAGGCUGCCGACGAGAAGCGCAUGUUGAGCAAUAAUAAAAAUUGCACGCUGCAAUGCAUCAACUGCGAGGGCGACAUCGGCCGCUCCACCCAUAUGCGCACCAUCAUGAACCACAACUACGUGUCGAUUGGCGAGACGGCCCUUGUGCUCGGAUCGGCUUUGUGCGGCCGAAUCGCUAACGAAGGCGAAUCUGACGCGGCGUGCAAGGCCGUCCUCGGCACCGUCAUCAAAUACGCCGACACGUACCAUGUCCAGUUGUCGUUGAAUUCGCUCAAAAUCAUCGACGACGCCACCGAGGAGUGCGUGGAGAACAUGACCAAGAAGAAGUGGGGCAGCAUCAAGACGCAGCUGUUCUACAUCCCGGAAAUUACGGAGGGCGACCUGAAGCGUAUGCUGCACUCCGUCCCCGACCGGUUGACGCGCGAGUUCCUGGCGGCCGAGGCGCAAAUCAAGGAGGAGGCGAUGAACCAAAUCGAGCGAAAGCGCCGCCGUCGCGUCAAGGACCAAGAGCCGCUAAACGAGUGGUACGCCGAUGAUGACGAUUUCGAGGAUGAAGCC